UCUCUGCCGAGAAAACAUCGAAACUCCACAGCCAGUGAAUCAACCCAAACAAAAUCACCAUGAAGCUCUCCUUGACUCUCUUGUUUGUCACCGUUGCUGGUGCCUUCGCCGCCGAUGCCACCCCGGAUGCUGCCACCCCCGCUGCUGCCAAGCCCGAAGAGAAGACUCCCGAACAGCUUCGUAAGAGUUUGAAGAAGCGAGGCCUUCAGGCCAGUGACGGAAGUGACGCUGGAGGUGACACUGGUGGAGGCUCUGGUUGUUUCUCUGCCGUGACAACUGUCGAUGUCCAAGGCCAGGGACCCGUGUCUAUGGACUCUUUGAAUAUAGGUGACUUCGUUCGUGCCGGAAAGGAGGGCGAGUACACUCGGGUCUUCAGCUUUGCCCACAACGACCGUGACAUCGAGUACGACUUUGUCCAAAUCCACACCGAGGGAACUGAGGCUCCCAUCGAACUCACCAAGAACCACAUGCUGUUCGUUGACAACAAGGCCGUUCCCGCCGAGGCUGUCAAGGUUGGAGACCUUUUGGGCGACAAGAAGGUUGUUGACAUUGCCAGCGUCAAGCGCAAUGGUCUCUUUGCUCCCAUCACGGAGUCCGGCGAGAUUGUCGUCAACGGCGUCCGUGCUUCGUGCUACGUUGCCAUCUUGGACCAUGUAUUUGUCAACCAGCACUACAUGACCCACAUGUUCUUCUCCUACCAACGUGCCGCUUGCUCUUACAACUUUGCCCUGUGCGAGAACGAGACCUACACCAAUGGUUUCUCCAACUGGAGUAACUGGGCCAUCCAGCUGUACAUGAAGGCCAACACCUUGAGUGCUCCUUUGCAACACUUCUUGGGAGUCGUUUCCUUGUUUGUCUUGCCAGCAUGGUUCACUGCUGAGCAGUUCAUUGUCUCUCCUUUCUUGGCCGUUGCAGCUGUUGGAUACCUUGUUUACAAGAGCAACACCAAGAAGGUCAAGUCUGCUUAAACCUCUAGCCCAGCACCAGUCAGUCAGAGUGCUUUAGUUGUAAAUCUAUAAGAAAAGAUUUGUGC